AUGGUAUAUGUCCUGUGAGCGGAAGGAUUACAACAUGCGCUCCCCGAAUAUCCUUCUGACAGGCACUCCAGGAGUUGGCAAGACCACACUCGGCAAAGAACUUUCAUCCAGAACUGGACUGACGUAUAUCAAUGUUGGUGAUUUGGCAAAGGAAGGAAAUUUAUAUGAAGGUUAUGAUGAAGAGUAUGAUUGUCCUAUUUUAGAUGAAGACAGAGUGGUUGAUGAGCUGGAGGACAAGAUGAGUGAAGGUGGAGUCAUAGUUGACUAUCAUGGUUGUGACUUUUUUCCUGAGCGUUGGUUCAACAUUGUGUUUGUGCUGAGGUCAGAUAAUGGCUUAUUGUAUGAGCGUCUAGAAAGCAGGGGAUACAAGGAAAAGAAACUACAGGACAACAUCCAGUGUGAGAUAUUCCAGACUAUUUAUGAAGAAGCAGCCGAGUCGUAUCAAAAAGAAAUAGUGCACCAGUUACCCAGCAAUACACCUGAGGAUUUGGAGCAAAACAUAGAGCAGAUCACUCAGUGGAUCCAGCAGUGGCUAAAGGAUAACAACUGAAUCCAAAUACAUUCAAAUAAAGACUUUUUUUAUGAGUAAUAUAAUUCUGAAAGGCCCAGUCACAUGUUUGUGUAUUUAGUUGGGAGAGGUAAGAGCAACAGAACACAAUAUGAUAUAUAUUUAUAUAUUUACAGUAAGAGCAGCUGUAUAUACUGUAUAUGACAUAUUCUGAAAACAGAUCCUGGAUUUUGAAGAUGAAUAUCAUUAAUGGAGAGCACCAAUAAUCCAACAAGUGGAAUAUUACGGUAUUUGGCAUUUAGUCUUGAUCUGAAUGGUAACAUGUUUUUUUAUGAUAUAACCUACCUUGAAAAGAUAUUUAAUCUAAUGGGUGAACUCUCUCUUUUGUAUACAACUGAUUACGUUCUGGAUCAUUAAAUAGAACAUCAAUGUAUUUUUUCUUUGAGCUGGUGAUUCACAUAAAGGCCAAUAAUAACUGCAGCAAGUACAUUCUUCACUGACCCUAUUGCAGUACUAUAAAUUCUUUGUAUUAAAGGGACAGUGUACACCUGUGUUUAGCAAUAACCAAAAAAAUGCAUUGUAAUUAAAAAAAUAUAUAUAUACUUUUUUACAAAUAUGGAUCAUUUUUGUUUCUACUCUUACUAUUGCCUCCUUCCCCUGGAUUGUUGCAUAUUGGUUCUGUAUAAACAAGGCCCUCCCUUUUG